UUUGGGUUCUUGGUUCGGUUCAGGGCUCCAUUAUUGCGGCUUUCUUUCCCAGGACAUCCGCUUCCCCUGUCCCUGCUGGCCCCCUAUCCACACCUCUCCUUCACAAGGUCUCGCCGGCCAUGUUGCAGCUCUCAACAGUUCGCCUGGGCUCCACCGCGAUCGCCAACAGUGUCCGGCGGCCUGGCCUCUCUUUAACUUCGCGUCUGCCUACAGCAGCCACAACCAGCACAGUUUUGCUCCCCCGUCGUAUUUCUCCGACUCUGCAAUUAGCGCGUCGGGCAUAUUCGUCCAAGGAUUCGUCAUCCGAACCCAAAGAGAACGCGACCAACCGAGAGGGAAAAACCGCUUCAAGCAACCUACACCCCGAAACCACACCAGACCCUCCUGCGCCUCCCCCUCGUGCCCGUCGAUCCCGUGUCUUCCGUUUCGUCCGAUUAACAUCGCUCGCCAUCUUCGCCUUCGUGACCGGACUAACACUCGCGAACCAACGGACGUUCGAGACCAUCAUGACGACCAAGAUCCUUACAGACGAGGAGACGCUCGACGCCUUCGUCCCGGGCGACGAGUUCGCGAAGGAAGUGGACGACCACAUCCGCGAUCACCCGCUGGCCGUCAUGCUUCGCUCCAACCCCGCCUUCACCGAGUCGCGCCCACACCUGAAAAUCCCGGGACAGCUGCGCAACCGCAGCCUCACGGGCGGCACGCUGUCGGGCCCGGACAUGCUCGUCGUUCCGCCGCUGAUGUUCGGUGAGGAGGGCGGCAAGAGCCUGGUGUCGCUGCUCUACCUCGGCCGCAACCUCUGCGGCCACCCGGGCAUCGUGCACGGCGGACUGCUGGCCACCCUGCUGGACGAGGCCAUGGGCCGCUGCUGCUUCCCCGCCAUGCCACACCACGUCGGCGUUACCGCCAACCUGAAUCUGGACUACCGCCGCCCCGCGAUGGCCGGCAACUACGUCGUCCUGCGCGCCGAGACGGUCAAGGUCGAGGGCCGCAAGGCGUGGGUGGAGGCACGCAUCGAGACGCUGCCCGAGAACGGUGAGGAGCCUGCGGUUCUCGUGGAGGCGAAAGCGCUCUUCGUUGAGCCGAAGCAGUUCAAGGCACUGGCAUCCGUGUAUGAGGCCCUCGGUUAGACCACUAGACCGCCGAUGAUAGAAUUUUUGUUUUCCUCUUUUUUUGUGAUUGUGAUCUGCAUGGGAAGCGUUGGGACUUGAGAUCGUGAUCAUUAGAUCAUUCUUCAGGCGUAUAGAUGGUGGGUGGGGUGUAGACAUAGGCUUGUACAUACACCAUAACAGAUUCCGAG